CCUCCCGCGGGUGAUUACUCUUGCGUGAAACGGCUUUGACAGAGACGUCCUGCUCGCUGGAAUCCCCGCGUUCCGGAUAGCAAGGUGACGAAUUUCCCAUCCUCGAUCGGCAUCAUAUGUCAAAUUCGAAAAUUUCACGAUGUCCCCAUAUUCGUGAAACAACGACGCUGAACAUUGGCCAGCUUAAAUUGCUCACACAGGCAAUGACCCUCUGACACAAGUCAUGACCACCCUCAUUCAGGCGAUUUCCCCAUGGCUAACUUCCUAUUGCUACUGAUUCCCCUCCCCGUCGCCUCGCUCCUCCUCCUCCUCUUCUUCGUCGUCUUCUGGUUGGUGAAGCGAACGAGAGAGGGCAGUCGGGUCAGUCGCCAUUGCCUGCCGCCGCGGAGUCUCGCGAACAUCCCGACCGCGACAUACAAGAAAGGCCACACCCGCGACACGUGCGCCAUCUGCCUCGAAGACUACGAGAAGGGAGAAAGGCUCCGGGUCCUUCCUUGCUCACAUGCGUUUCACUCCGAGUGUGUGGACCCGUGGCUGACAAAGAGGAAGCAAGCGUGCCCGUGCUGUAAUCGGACUGUCCAGACCCCGCUUCUCGCCCGAGAUGAGAACACGUGCUCGGAGUCCAGCAGCGAGGAUGAGCGGAAGACAUCCUCGCUGAGGGGGGAUGCAAGGGAGAUGCGCCGAAAUGGAGGGACCUUCAUCAGCAGCGUCCGCCUGUCACACGGCAGGAGUGGCACGUCCUCCUCGCGUCCUUCCUCCGCAGCCCUUCUCGCACACACUCACCGUGACUCCUUGGGUGAUAUGCCAAUUUUCUCUUUCAUUCGCGAACUCUUUUAA